AUGAUCCAUGAUACUUUCCAAACCAUCACAACUGCCACCAUUGGCCUUGGUCUGGCUGCCAUAGCCUACCGAAGCACAAAGCUCCCAAAGAUGCUCGGAAGAGCCACCUGGGACGAAGACAAGGACGUCAAGGACUUUGAUUACGUCGUCCUGGGAGGUGGCACUGCGGGCUGCGUGCUUGCCUCAAGACUGUCCGAGGACCCCAGUGUCAGUGUCCUUGUCAUCGAGGCGGGCGAGGACAUGGACAACAAUAUCCAGACAAAACUCCCCAUCGGGUACCCCAAGCUCUUCCAGACCAAGCACGACUGGCAAUUCAAGACCAUCCCCCAGACCCACGCUGAGGGACGAGAGAUGGACCAGGUCAGAGGCAAGAUGCUUGGUGGCUGCAGCUCUAUUAAUGCGAUGCAGUACACUCGCGGGCCACACUCUGAUUAUGAUGCCUGGGAGAGCGAGUUCGGGAAUGAAGGUUGGAAUUACAAGAGCGUCUUGCCUUACUUCAAAAAAGCCGAAGGUCCUUGGCACCAAUCGUACCACCAUUUCAGCCCCACCACUAAGGCUUUCAUCCAAACAGGUGUUGCCAUGGGCCUCCCCCACACGCCUGACCCCAACGGAAAGUCUGAGCUUGGUGUCGCGCGCAUGCAGACUUCUAUGAACGCCAACGCUACUCGCUGCAGCACCUCGAGUGCCUAUCUUCGACCUGAUAUUGUCCCUGGCGGUGGAACACGAGGUCAUGUCCGUGUUGUGCUGAAGGCCCAUGUGGAGCGAAUUCUGUUUGAGAUUCAGGACGGUGUUCCCACAGCCGUUGGAGCCGAGUUCAGGGACGAUAAAGAUGUCCUUCGUAGAGUCUACGCAAGACGCGAGGUACUUCUUUCCGCAGGAGUCUUUUGCUCACCCGCCCUCCUCCUCGCCUCAGGUAUUGGAUACCGUAUCCAUGAUUCGAUCCCAUUGUUGCACCCUCUCCCCGGUGUUGGCGAAAACCUGUCAGAUCAUGUUGGCAUGUCGGUCGUCUAUGCUUGUCCUCCUACCACACAGACCAUGCACACCGCCUUUACGCCCUCCAAGCUCCCCAAGGCACUCUACCAGUACUUUGUCCACGGUACCGGACCUCUGACCAGUCAGGUCAUGGAGGCCGCAUGCUUUGUCCGAUUGGAGGAUAUCGCGCCCGAGUUUGUCGCCCGCGAGAAGGCCAAUGGCACUUACCAGGAGCGCGCCAGUGGACCCAAUGCGCCUCAUAUCGAGAUUCUCUUCCCGGCUUGCUUUGUCGACAAUGAGGAUUUCACCCGCAUGGAUGAUACUCGUAAGAACUUUUAUACCCUCUUGGUCGUCUUGCUCAACCCUGCCUCUCGAGGACGAACCAGUGCCCGAUUGACCGAAGUCGUUGUCGACCAGAAGAAGAUGCCAACAAAGAAGAGUGAUAAAGAAGGAGAAGCAGAGAAGCGAUUCAAGGUCGAGCCUUUGAUCGACUCCAACUUCUUGGCGGACGAGUUCGACGUCAGGGUUCUGAGGGAGGGAAUGCGGUUCGCUCGACGCCUCGGAAAAAAGAUGCAACAGGAUCCUGCUCUGGCCGGAUUUGAGUACGUCCCUGGUGAGGCGUCUGUCCCCUCUGAGGAUGAUGAGGCCAUGGAUCGAUACAUCCGACAAAAGUGCACUACUUUCUUGCACUCUGUUGGCACUUGUUCAAUGGGCCCAGCAACCAACCCCAAGGCUGUGGUGGAUGAACGUCUUAAGGUCCAUGGUGUCAAUCGGCUUCGUGUUAUCGACGCUAGUGUCAUGCCCAAGGUCAUCGCAGGUCACACGGCCGCAGGAACGGUGAUGCUUGCUGAGAGAGCUGCCGAUCUGAUCAAGGAUGAUUGGGCUGGCAAGGAUGUCUCUGCGUCGUGA